AUGCCUUACACGCCACCCUCACAUCGAUCUCCCGCUUCGUCAGCCUCCGCGUCGCCCGUAGCGAGUCGGCGGUCGUCGCUACAAUCGAGUCCGAGACCUAGCCUUCCGCGAUCUGCUUCAUAUCUUACAAAGCAUCGACGAACACCUUCAGCUUCAGCCCUCAGCGAUGGAUCGACAGGGACGCUGACACCGCAGGGAACAUCGGAGGAUCUUAAGAGCAUGGGCACAGCUGUGACUUCAAGCGUGAGACAAUCACCACCACCCGUCACAGACGAACGCACAAUGCCCAUGGGUGCCAUCAUCUCGCCACCUGAUUCUGCUUCCUCCGGUAGCGACGACGAGGAGCAAGAACCACAAAUUCGAGGACGAAAGCUUGACAAGGCUCUGCGGGACGCUGUCAGCCAGAUCCCCAUGCAACGUUCAUCAUCUCCACGAUCACAAUUGAAGCAUCAGGACAGCACAGAACAUCUGCAGCUCCGCCGCAAGGAUGCUGUACAUCUCAGCUUCAGCACAAGCGCACUAGGCGAUCUCGCAAAGGGCCGUAAGAUGGGACACGUUCGAUCAGCCACUGAGCCAAACGCUGGCAUCUCCAAGUCAAACGACAACUCGAUAUCAGUAUCAGAGGAGGAAUCUGACGAGGACCUGCUUAAGAAGCCUCAGAUGGUGCGAAAGAAGUCUGGUGAGCUAGUCCGACCUGCCCUCCGUCCUUCUUCCCGAAGACGCCCCUCAAGCAUGCCCGGUACCCCCAUCUUCUCCAAGGCUGUUCACUUUGAUUCACACCUCGAGCACGUCCGACACUUCUUGCAAGUGGACCGACCUCUGGCUGUGAGUGCUGGAUCUUCGCCAAUUGACAGCUACGAGAGUGAUACCGAGUAUCCCUUCCCUGGCAAUGGCAAGCAGACUGUCCGCACCCCUCCUUUUGAGUGGGAGAUCCUUACCACAAACUUCCCUCACGACUCAGCCGCACGUAAGUCGUCGCCCGUUCGACUGGAAAAGGUUUGGCUCUCGGCCGAUCAGAAGUCCCUUCUGGGUUCUGUGGCUGUCGCCAACAUCGCCUUCUCCAAGGCCGUUACCUGCCGUUUCACUCUGGAUUACUGGAAGACCACCUCGGAGGUUGCCGCUGACUACAGCCACGAAAUCCGCCCCCGGGAAACGCCGCUGGGUCAUGAUCGCUUUACCUUUUCCAUCAAGCUUGCUGACACGGCCAACCUCGAGUCAAAGACCCUCUUCCUCUGCAUCCGCUAUACCGUCAAUGGACAGGAGUACUGGGACAACAACAGCAGCUCUAACUUCCAGGUCGACUUCCGAAAGAAGCAUCUGCCCAUGAACGGGAAGAAUAACUUCCAGGGCGCUUCUUCCCGACCCGCUAAUGGCCUUCCCCGGAGCAGCCGACGCACCAGCAGCGCCAAUGUCCCCCGACCCAAGUCAAUGCCUGCUGGCUUUAGUGACUUUGGUGACGAUGCUAAGCUGAACUUUGACCAGCCCAUCCACGAGUAUCUCGGCGAGUCUGAGAACAGCACUGGCGGUCUCCGUCUCAAGUCCAAGUCGGCUGGCAACCUUGCUAGCGAUAACCUCUCCAAGGAUUUCGGCUCGCCUAGCGGACUUGCCUUCUCUAACCGUUACGACUUUGGCGCUUCCUUGAGUGCUGCUGUCCAGGCCGCGAAGGACAAGGAGGCCUCUCAGGAUAAGGAUGGACUUUACAUGAAGGCCAAUGUCCGGACUCCCAAGCCCGCCCUCACUGUCCCUGAGCCUGCCACCAACGCUAAGAGCCAGUCUACCAACGGAGCUACCUCUCCCAACUCGACCAUCUCCAGCUCUUCAUACGAAGAGUUGGUCAACAAGUACUGCUUUUUUGGAUCAAAACAGUCGAGUCCUGACAUGAAGGACGGUACACUCAGCGGUGCCCGCUUCGACGGUGCUGCCGGCGGAAAUCACCAUCGCCGCAGCUACACCACCUCACUGGGAAGCCCGAACGGAAAUGCCCAUCACGCCGGACCCGCAGCUCACCAUACCCUUCAGCUGCACGGCGCCAUGAGCCCUCCUUCGGGUGCUUCGACACCAAAGGAUGCGUUCCGUGCCAACAGUACUUCGCCUUCACCGAGACCUUCAGCCACGGCUAGGUCGGCUUCGCCCGCCUUCGUGUCGUUUGAUGCUACACCCUCCAACGAUUUGUCGUACCAUGUCCAGCAACAGAUGAUGGAUAGGUUUCCCUGGUCUGAUGGACAUGCUGCUACGGCGAUCCGAGGAUAG